CACGUGACGUCAUAACAUACGUGGCUUUUCCUGAACCUGGGAGACUCCUCUGCCGUGCACAAUGGAACUCGAAGCCAUGACUCGUUACACCAGUCCGGUGAACCCAGCGGUUUUUCCACACCUCACCGUUGUGCUGUUGGCCAUUGGCAUGUUUUUCACAGCAUGGUUCUUUGUCUAUGAGGUGACUUCCACUAAGUACACACGGGACGUCUACAAAGAGCUGCUCAUCUCCUUGGUGGCUUCACUCUUCAUGGGUUUCGGUGUACUCUUCCUACUGCUCUGGGUUGGCAUCUAUGUUUGAGGGUUCAGAUAACCAGAGAUGGGGCUGAAGCACGUGCACAUUUCAUCGGGGGAAAUUUCACAUGGAUUUUUUUGUGGAAACUAGAACUGUGGGGCAUCAUGGACUUUGGGGGACAUUAUGAAACUGGGGAAGAGUUGAAUGGUUGGGCUUUGCAUUUUGUCAUUCACCAAUAAACAUAUUUGAUAUAAAACACA